CUUCUUCUUCUUCUCUCUCUCUCUCUCUCUCUCCCUCCUUGUAGCAAAUGUCUAAGCUCUCCACUAGUUCUCCCAAACACUGCGCCAACAAAGGAGUGAACGUAGAAAAGCUGUACAAGAGGGGAUUCUACGCAUUCUCUACACUACUCCUCUCUAUCUUCUCUCUAAUCUUCUUCAUCUGGCUUAUCCUACGCCCCUCUAAGCCCCAGUUCUACCUCAAAGAGACUGACAUCUACCAGCUAAAUCUCUCAGGGGCCCAGCUCCUCAACUCAUCCAUCCAAAUCACCGUACUAUCCAAGAACCCAAACAAGAAGGUGGGCAUUUACUACGACCAGCUCCAAGCGUAUGCUUCUUACAAGGCACAGCAGAUCACUCCAGCUUCUUCUCUCCCUCCUUUCUAUCAAGGCCAUGAAGAUAACAACCUACUAACUGCUUCUUUGUUGGGUAGCUGGGUCCCGGUUGCGCCGUCCUUUGGUUAUGAAGUGGGCCGUGAUCAGGCCUCUGGGAAAUUGUUUCUUGGGUUGAAGUUGAACGGACACCUCCGAUGGAAAGUCGGAACUUGGGUCUCUGGAAGACACCGUUUUAAUGUUGAUUGUGUGGCUGUGAUGGCUUUUGGACCGAAUGUGGGGACCGGUCCGUUGAGUUCUAGGCAAGGGACUCAGUGCUCUACUAAUGUGUGAAUGGAGAUUGGAGACCACUUAUCAAGCUUUAUCUAGUAAGUAAGUUUGAUUUUGAUUUUGUUGUAAUUGAGAGAGAGAGAUUGAGAGAGAGAGAGAGAGAGAGAGUAACAGUUGUAGAUGGAUACUGUUGCUAGCUAUACUUCUGUUAGAUGGAUACUGUUGUUAGAUAUACUUCUCUUUGUAUUAUAAUAAAGAAGGAAGUAUUAAAGAUGUAAUUAGAUUUUGAGAGUGAAAAGGUUGUGGGGUGC